UCAACAAAAAAGUAGCAAGUGUUACUGAUCAAACUGCUUCUGAAUCAUGGCCACCUCAGGAAACGCGAAAAAAAGCAAUGAGAGUUAUCGACGCACAGUUUGAUCUAGAAAUUUUGUUAAGACAACGUGAAUUACAGAAAAUAAAAGAAGAAUUGAAAAAAUCCGAAAUAUAUCUUGAAACCUUGAGACAUUGCAUUUUAGAACCUCCUUCAAAUUCUUCAAAUUCUUCAAGUUCGCACCGAACUUCGACACUUAAUGCCAGUACUUGUGAAAAUUUAGGAGUUGCUUCGUUGACUCCGACGCGUCAUUCAACGCGUAAAAUUUAUUCUACCAGAGAUAAUGAUUAUUUUUAUUACGAUCCAUGUAAAGAUCUAUACUCACGUAGGAAUGAUGGAACUUUCGUGAGAUUGGCAUGUCCAAAAUGUCAUCGUUCAAAAUUCAUCAACGUGCAAGGAUUUCUCAAUCACUGUCGUUUGUCACAUAGGAUCGAAUUUCCUAAUCAUGAGGAAGCUCUUUUAAAAUGUGGCACUCCAGUGGAUGAGAGUUUAAUACCACCAGGGCAUCCAGCUAGAUCAAGAAUUAUCACUAGGCCACCAUCUCUUCGUACAAUAUUGGGUAAAUCAAAUCUAUCGACAAGUCGCGCAAGGGAUUUUAAUGACGGAAAAAAUAGCGAAAAUAGGCCAACUAUCAAAGUAUUUGAAGAAGAAAUUGAUCUUGGAUUGGAUGAGUUAUCUAAUGGAGCUGAAAUUAACGAUUCUAACGAAGUUCCACUAGCUCAGAAAUUACCUAGUAACAAUGAAAUAACAUCCUAUUCAGAAAAUUCACCAUCUUUAUUAUGUAACAUACCUGAUCACAUUACAAAGAUAUCGGAAGAUCAUCCAAUGUUAGGUUCUCCUGAUGGAACGGAUUCGGAUUAUUCGUCAGAUAUUGAUGAAGGUGAUACGGGCACAACUACAACUGACGUAGAUUCUUCACCUUUGUAUAAAUCUAAAACACCUUAUCCAAAUACGAUGAUAUGUGAUAACAACAAAUUUGUGACGAGUUCACCGAAAGAAUUAGAAACAAAAGGACAGCUUUCUAAAGAAUCUGUAACGAAUGUUGAUUCUACUUCCCCUAUGGUUAUUGAUUCAUUAACAAAUAAUGAUAUAAACACGGAUAAUCAAUCGUUGGGGAAGCAGCAAGAAGAUAAAUCUGAAAUUACAAAGAUAAACACAAAUGUUCCAACUAUACACUUAGACAAUGAAGAUGAUAUGGAUGCUGAACCAAAUGAUGAAUUGGUCACCUCUGGCGAUUCACUGGCGACAUGUACUUCGAACACGACCAUGCAAGAGGUCACUACAAUCUCUGCUACUUAUACAAUACCAGCAUGUACGAGUGUUUUUGAUCCCAUUGAUCAUGGAUCUCGAUUUUACAUUAAGCGACGUAUUGUUGUUGGAAAUGUUUCAAAAUGGAUUACUCCAGAAAAAAGGGAUUCAAGUCUUAGAAAGUAUACGCACAAAUGGAUGGUUUAUGUUACUGGACCACCACACGAUUUGAAUAUUACUCCAUUUAUACGGAGAGUUCGCUUUUUCCUUCAUCCAAGUUACCGACCAUUAGAUGUAGUUGAUGUAACUGAACCACCUUUUCAGCUCACCAGAUUUGGAUGGGGCGAAUUUCCAAUACGAAUACAAAUAAUAUUUGUAGAUAAUAAAAACAAGCCGGUUGAUCUAAUUCAUAAUCUUAAGCUUGACAAUAUUCAUAAUGGGAAGCAACAACUUGGCAAUGAACGUGCAUUUGAUCUUGAAUUGGACAGAAAUACUCAAUUCAUUGACCCAAGAACAGAAGGACCUAUUAACCAUACAAUAAAUAUAGUUCAAGAUAUUCCUAAACAAGACAUAUUGGAAACAAACAAUGCUUUAAUUGAAACUGACGCUAAGGAAUUAUUACAGAAAGAAAAAAGCGAUGAUAGACUUGAUUCUGAAACUAUGAAUGCUUUAGAACCGCUAUUAAAUGAAGCGGUUAAAAAUUAUCCUUUGAUUACUCCUUCAUCAGCGCGUUCAUCUACUCUUCCUUACGUAACAGCAAAAUCGUCACGUGUAUUCCUUAAUUGGAGUAUUGAGCGACGUAAAGUAACGGAAUGGCACAGAGCUCGAUUAAUACGUUUAUUGGUUCUAUCAUUAUCACGAACUGUGGAUGAUUUACGAGUUCAGUCAUUUGCAGCAUCUCUGACCACAAAACAAGUAACUUUUUGGUGUCGGGAUAAGGGGCAUACACCUGUAGAUAAUGAACAUAACGAACCCAUGAACUCGAAUAUUAAUAUAGACAGUCUCAAAUCGACAGUCGAACUUAAACGGGGUAAUUUCUCUUCAAUAACAGGUUUUCAAGUAACAUGGUGUAAAUGUUGUGGCUGCCCAGAAUCUUGGCACGAAAUUAACACUAGUACAUCUAAAAGCAUUAGUGUUCCAAUUUCUCCCUACAAAUGUAAACGAAGGCCACAUUUUUUAGAGACUAAAAAAACUAAAUUAUGUAGUCUCACAUUGGUACAAGAUUUCUUAGAUGAGCUAUAUCAAGAUAAAGUUUUAACAGGUAAUGAAUCUAUAAAUACAUGUAAUGGGGAUAGCAAUUUGAGCAAUAAUGGAAUAUCAGUUGAACUGGUCAAAAAUAUGGGUGAGCUUAAGGAUUGGUACACGUUUAAUCCGCAGGGCAUUGAUUGGAUAUGGGACGUAGUAGGUCAAUUAAAAUUAGAUGGCGUAGUUGCUACCAAAUUAAUCAAAUAUGAUGGGAAAAUUGAAGUGGAGAAUGGUGACAUUAAUGUUGCUAUACAGCAACGCUUGGAAACAGGAAAUUUGAUAUUCCAAUUGACCAAGAUAUUCUUGAAGGAUUUGGUUAAUAAAGCCAUAAAUGUAUAUAAGUCUGAACAACUAGAUGAUCCAUUCACACCUGAAAUCAAUUGGUUUAGUAGCUCAGCGCUUGACAGUCGUUACAAUUCAUAUCGGCAACGAAUAAAAAAGAUACUUGUGCCAUAUCAUUUAUAUCAAGCAAUACAAUCAAAUUUGAAUACAUUUGAUUUCUUGAAUGGCGAAGGUUUAGCGUCUGACAAAAAAAAGAUACAAGAAUGA